AUGGCGACGGUAGAAGGCCGUGCAGAAGUAAUGCCUUCCGCGAACAAGACACCGCCAAACCUGCCCUGGCCUGACAUCUCUUCGCGCGCCAAGUGGUCUGUGUCGUCCUACAAAUUCGGAUUCGGGGCCGAAUGUCUCUGUGACGGAGACCCGGAAACGUUUUGGCACUCGGACGGACCACAACCGCAUUUUGUGACCAUCGAGUUUCCCCGAAAAGUUGCCAUCCAGAAGCUUUGUAUAUAUCUAAGCCAUCCACAAGACGACUCGUACACGCCUUCCGCCCUUGCAAUAAGAGCAGGCACAGGCUAUAGCGACCUCCAGGAUGUCAGGAUGAUCACAUUCGAGCGACCGGACGGGUGGAUCACAUUCGACGUUUCUUCAGAGCCUAACGAGGACGGGGAUGGGCUGAAGCCGGUCUAUGCGUAUUUGUUGCAGAUAAUCGUCGUCGCCAAUCACAUGGGUGGAAAAGACACGCAUGUUCGCGGCCUGCGAGUCCUCGGCCCUGUCGAGUACGUCCUUCUCGCUUGA